AUGUUGGGAAGACAUAUUGAGUUCAAGGUGCUCGAGAAUAGAAUGCAACAAAUGUGGGCUCAAAAAGGUAUUAUCAAUAUUAUUGAUCUUGGACAAGAAUUCUUUCUGGUAACGUUCACAAGUGAAGAAGGUCAAGAAUUCGCUCUAAUGGAAGGGUCGUGGUCGUGGAUGAUCUAUGACCACUAUUUAACUGUCAGAGAUUGGAGAGAUAACUUCUGUCUUGCUAGAGAUGCCAUUGAAGAACUUGCGAUUUGGGUAAGAAUAUAUGGGUUGCCAAUAGAGUAUUAUGACAAUAGUGUGCUAUCUUACAUUGUUGAUCAAAUUGGGAAAACGGUUAAAGUUGACAAGAAUACCCUAACCAGGGCAAAAAUAAAAUAUGUGAGAUUAUGUAUCCAAGUGAACUUGAUGAAACUGUUGUUGGCAAUGUUAUCGAUUAAAGGUCAUCAUUACAAAGACACUGUUACGUGUUUAAUAAAGACUUAA